UGGUUCACUGCCAGUCAUCCCACAGUCAUCAAAUUUAAAGCAUUACACGCCCAAUGAUCUGAAUAUAGCUACCAGCAACUUCCAUCCUAACAGUAAAGUCGGCCAUGUUGUUUCUGGUCCUAUUUACAACGGCUUGGUUGAUGAGAACACUGCAGCAAAACUGGGUACUGAAGUUCGGGGUAUUGCAGUAAAGGUGAUGACAGAUCGCAAUGAUGCCAACUGUAACGAGCAGUACUGGCUGAAUGAAAUCAAUAUUCUGGGGAGACUUUGUCAUCCUAAUCUUGUGAAAUUGAUAGGCUACUGCUUAAAGAAGAAGCAUCGACUUCUUGUAUAUCAUGGCUUCAUGCCUCAGAGAAGCUUAAGAGACUAUUUAUCUAAGAGGGUUUCUUACUUUCAACCACUCUCCUGGAAUCUUCGUCUAAGUAUUGCUCUUGGUGCAGCAAAGGCUCUUGCAUAUCUUCACAGUCCAGAAGCAUAUGUUGUUCACGGUGAUAUCCACACAGGAAAUAUACUAAUUGAUUCCAAAUUUAACGCAAAGCUCUCAGGUUUUGAGUUUGCAAAAGACGGACCAGAACCUGAAAGAACCCAUGUCUCUGCUACAACUAUUCGGGGAACAAAUAGUUACAUGGCUCCAGAAUAUGUUGAAACAGGUCAUCAAUCAAUGAAAAGCGAUAUAUUCAGCUUUGGAGGUGUUCUGGUGGAAAUUUUGACAGGAAAAUCUGUAUUCGAGAUUCUUAAACACGAACAUGAUCCUGUUACCAAUGUGAGUGACGCUGAUCAUACGAGCAAGCAGGCCCUUCUAACAGGGCAACAUGACCUGUACAUUACCAGUGAGUUUCAAAUUAUGGAUGUCAUAGAUGCAGACAUCCAAGGUCAAUAUACAGUGGAUGCAGCACUGAGAGUUUCUUCCCUCACUCUUAAAUGCCUUUCUCUGAAUCCAAAAUCAAGACCUGAUGCAAACCAAGUUGUAAAUGUACUAGAGCAACUCUAAGAUUCGGAAAACUGUGAAGAAUAUCACAAGGGAAGUCCUCUGAUAGGCCUCAAGAGUUGAAAUUUUAUGAAGAGCUGUAUAGAAGUUGCAUUAAAAUUUUGGGAGAUUGCCACUUUUACAAAAAAGAAAAU